AGCAGAAGCAGAAGCAGAAGCAGAAGCAGAAGCAGAAGCAGAAGCAGAAGCAUCAUACUGCCGCAGUGUGUUUGGUGUUUCUACAAACAUUAAAGUUAUAAAUGAACAUUUAAAAUAAGAAAAGUGACUAACAGAGAAGAGGAGCAGCUGAUACACGUUUCUACAACAUGAAGCUGAACAUCGACGGUCUGCUGGUCUAUUUUCCAUAUGACUACAUUUAUCCUGAGCAGUACUCCUACAUGCUGGAGCUGAAGAGGACUCUGGAUGCUAAGGGUCAUGGAGUCCUGGAGAUGCCUUCAGGAACAGGAAAGACCAUCUCUCUGCUGUCCCUCAUUGUUGCCUAUCAGAAGGCCUUUCCUCUGGAAGUGACCAAGCUGAUCUACUGCUCCAGAACAGUUCCAGAGAUAGAGAAGGUGGUGGAGGAGCUGAGGAAGCUGAUGGAGUUUUAUUCCAAGCAAACUGGAGAGAGCAACAACUUCCUGGCUCUGGCCCUCUCCUCCAGAAAAAACCUCUGCAUCCAUCCAGAGGUGAGCGCUCUGCGGUUCGGUAAGGAGGUUGAUGGGAAGUGUCACAGUCUCACAGCGUCGUACAUUCGUGCUCAACGCCACGCCGAUCCCGACCAGCCCGUCUGCCGCUUCUACGAGGAGUUUGAUUCAGUGGGCCGGCAGGUUCCUCUUCCUGCUGGAAUCUACAACCUGGAUGACCUGAAGGACUUCGGCAGGAGGAAAGGCUGGUGUCCUUAUUAUCUGGCACGCUACUCUAUCCUUCAUGCCAACAUUGUGGUGUACAGCUACCACUACCUGCUGGACCCAAAGAUAGCCGACCUGGUGUCCAAAGAGCUCGCUAAGAAGUCCGUGGUGGUGUUUGAUGAAGCUCAUAAUAUAGACAACGUGUGCAUCGACUCCAUGAGUGUGAACAUCACCAGACGAACACUCGACCGCUGCCAGACCAACGUGGACACUCUGCAGAACACCAUACAGAACAUAAAAGAGACGGACGCUGUCAAACUGAAGCAGGAGUACAGGCGGCUGGUGGAAGGGCUGAAGGAAGCCAACGUGGCCAGAGAGACAGACGUCUACCUCGCUAACCCCGUGUUACCAGAUGAAAUCCUUCAAGAGGCCGUCCCCGGGACGAUACGCACAGCAGAGCACUUUGUUGGUUUCCUGAGACGUUUCCUGGAGUAUCUGAAGUCCAGACUUAGGGUCCACCACGUGGUUCAGGAGAGCACACCACAGUUCCUCAAAGACAUCUUCGACAAAGUCUGCAUCGACCGCAAACCUCUCAGGUUUUGUGCAGAGCGGUUACAGUCGCUGCUAAGAACUCUGGAGAUCGCCGACAUCGCCGACUUCUCAGCUGUUACUCUCAUCUCUAACUUUGCUACGCUGGUCAGCACAUACAGCCAAGGUUUUACAAUAAUCAUUGAACCCUUUGAAGACAGAACUCCAACCAUCGCCAACCCCGUGCUGCACUUCAGCUGCAUGGACCCUUCUAUCGCCAUCAAACCUGUUUUUCAGAGAUUUCAGUCGGUCAUUAUCACCUCCGGGACUCUCUCUCCACUGGACAUUUAUCCCAGAAUCCUCGACUUCCGUCCUGUUACCAUGGCGUCCUUCACCAUGACGCUGGCCCGAACCUGCCUCUGUCCUCUGAUUGUUGGCAGGGGAAACGAUCAGGUGGCCCUGAGCUCCAAGUUUGAGACCAGAGAAGACUUUGCUGUGAUUCGUAAUUAUGGCAACCUACUUCUAGAGAUGUCUGCGGUGGUUCCAGACGGCAUCGUGGCGUUUUUCACCAGCUACGUCUACAUGGAGAACAUAGUGGCGUCUUGGUAUGAACAGGGAAUCCUGGAGAAUAUCCAGAGGAACAAGCUGAUCUUCAUCGAGACUCCGGAUGCUGCAGAGACGAGCAUGGCGCUGGAGAAAUACCAGGAGGCGUGUGAGAACGGCAGAGGAGCCAUCCUGCUGUCUGUGGCCCGGGGAAAGGUCUCUGAAGGAAUAGAUUUUGUGCAUCACUUUGGCCGGGCGGUCAUCAUGUUUGGAGUGCCGUACGUUUACACGCAGAGCCGCAUCUUAAAGGCUCGUCUGGAGUACCUUCGGGAUCAGUUUCAGAUCAGAGAGAACGACUUCCUGACGUUUGAUGCCAUGCGUCACGCGGCCCAGUGUGUGGGCCGAGCCAUCAGAGGGAAGACCGACUACGGACUCAUGAUCUUUGCUGACAAGCGUUACGCCCGAGCAGACAAACGUGGGAAGCUUCCUCGCUGGAUCCAGGAACACAUCAAUGAUGGCAGUCUGAACCUCACAGUGGAUGAAGCCGUCCAUCUCUCCAAACACUUCCUGCGACAGAUGGCUCAGCCUUUCAAACAGGAGGACCAGUUGGGUCUGUCUUUGUUGACUCUGGAGCAGCUGGAGUCGGAGGAGAUGCUGCAGAAAAUUGCUCAAAUUGCUCAUCAGACCUGAAGGUGAUCCCAUGAUUUAAUCCCCAUGGUAGCGUCAGCAUCCGUUACAACAACAUCAUCAGAGCUGGGUCAAAGGCACUAAACUGAUUUACCUAUUCGUUACACAGUUUGAAAUAUGUGCCACCAGAAACUGAAAUUUGAAUUAUUUUUAUCUGAAUUUGAAUUGCUUAAGCUGAAUAAUUGCAUUAAAAAACUGAAUUUGAAUUGUUCAAUUUGAAUCAUUGCAUUGAAAAACUGAAUCUGAAUUGUAAUUUGAAAUUUAAUUUAUUAGUUUGGAACUGAACAUUCAGUUCUCACAAUUCAAAUUCAGUUCGCAAAAUUAAAUUUCAAUUUUCUGUGACGAACAUCUGGGUAGUUGAGGCAGAGUAAUCGAGCACAGAUCCACAGAUGUGUGCUGAUUGGCCGAAGAGGCGCUCUGUGAUUCUGCACCGGAUUGCUUUCAAAUUCAGAUAAAAAUAAUUAAAAUUCAGUUUCUGGUGGCACGUAUUUCAGCCCAUAAUAAAUUCUCUUUUAAGAAACUCUUACAGCCUGUAGUGAACUCUACAACCAUCUAGUAAACAAACAAUUAAAAGUGGUUACAGUAAUGAUUUCUGACUGGAUAACUACCAGUCGCUGUAUGUAAUUACACAGUACCAAAGGUCUGAGUCAACAGUAUUCAGUAUUUCAGCUCUAACACUGAGUCUACAGAAUAUUAUUACCACAACUCUCAACCUCACACUAUGUAGUGCUGUUUACCCAAAACACCAAUCAGGUGUCAAUCAGGCUGUACUGUAUGUUUUCAGUAUUAGAGAUCACUCCCACAUCGGCUAUUUUAUUGCAUUUUCAGUAUACUGUUGUGUAAAAAACUCUUACACUUUUAUUACUUUUCAGACAUCUUGUGUCAUUUGUGCUUUGCUGACUAUAAAAGGUUUUGUUUCAAACAAGACAAACGUGUUUAAAUAUGAUUGGGUCAACAUGUUGCAUUAACUACAGAAAUGUUCUUCCAUCUGUGAGUGUAACAUCACUCCAUAUAGCGUCUGUCAUACAGACACAGCUACUGUUAGUUUCCUUUGCUACUGCAACUGUACAUACUCCCAUUUUUUACCUAAUAUGAAUAUUUGUGUAUCUGUAUUUCAAACAGGAAGUAGGAAUAUAAAUGUUUGUAUUUAAAAGUUGA